AUGUCCGCAUUCGUAAAAACACGUGAUUCCGCGCUAAAUGCUAUAAAAAGGUACAUGACCAAGAGCAACGACGAAGCAUCUGUUUUAGAUUUAGAAAAUGUCGAAAGUUAUCUGCAGUUAUUAAAUGAACAGUGGGUACGAUUUAAGACAGCCCAAGAUGAAGUCGAGCUUUCUUGUGGUGCAGAUAACAUCGAUGUCGAACAGACCGCGCGCAUCCAGGCCGAGACCUGGUACGUUACAGCGCUAUCACAAUUUAGGCGUGUACAGAAGUGUAGAACCGAAUCAGUUGCGAAUUCUACAAAUCCGCAUCCCACUGUGUCAGCAGCAAUUAAACUACCUAAAAUGGAACUUCCAUCCUUCGCGGGCAAUUCCACUGAGUGGGUCGCCUUCUACGACGCUUUUGUUACCCUCGUAGAUUCUAACUCUUCAUUGUCAGGUGGUCAAAAGCUACACUACUUACGUAGCUGCUUAAAGGGUGAUGCGCUUAGCAUUAUCAGCGGUUUCCAAAUUUGCGAUGCCAACUAUACGGAGGCAUGGAAUCUUCUAAAGUCGCGAUAUAAAGUUAUGCGAGUUAUUGUCGAAGCGCACUUUCGGGCAAUUGCAGAGAUACGUAAAGCGACGAGCGACACUGCUGACUCCAUUAAGAACGUGUUGAAUGCAUUCCAACAACACAUAAGGGAACUUAAGGCUUUAGGGCGACCAGUGGAUUUUUGGGACGAUUGGUUAGUACAUGAAACUGUAACCAGACUCUCCUUCGAAACUCGCAAACAGUGGGAGUUGUCACUCACUAGCGACGAUCCUCCUACCUUCGAAGACCUUUCGUCCUUUUUGGAAAUAAGGUGUCGCUCAUUAUCGAUGAUAUCAACGUCGGCAACCCAGUCAUGGCCAGGAAAACCGAACAAUCAAAAAUUGGUCGGAAAAUCGGCAAAGGUUUUUCAUGCCACCGCAGAUCAAUCGCGUUGUACGUAUUGUAACGCAGGUCACAGAAUUUAUUCUUGUGAAAAAUUCCGUAGUUUAGAUGCAAACGCUAGACUCAAUUUUGUGAAAGAUUUCAAGGGGUGCUUAAACUGCCUAAGUACCGGACAUUUUAAGGAACGCUGCAAUAGCGCGUCUUCCUGUCGAAUAUGUCGGCAGCGCCACCAUACAUUGCUUCAUAGUUCACCAGAGGCAUCCACCUCUUCCCACGUCGUCGACUCACCCCGCACCGCUGCAGGUACGUUACCCGCCGCUAGCUCGCUUCCGCAAACCGCUGUCACACCCGCCUCCGCUUGCCUUAAUUCCAAGGUUAACCCAAUGCAUAAACCACAAAACGCUGUGUUGCUAUCAACCGCCCUAGUAAAGGUACGUGAUUCUGCUGAUCGAUGGCAGAAUGCUCGCUUAUUAUUCGAUUCAGGUUCUCACGCCACAUUCAUAACUGAGGCAUGCGUACAACGUCUAGGUCUAGCUCGCAAAUCUUCGUCCAUAUUUGUAACGGGAAUUGGCGCUUCUCAGGGUGGCCGUUGCAGAGGCGAAACGACGUUAUUCCUUUCUUCGCGACAUUCAAGUGAAUGCUACCCCAUCAACGCAUUAAUUUUACAAAAGAUUACGGGCGAUUUGCCGUCGCAGAGUUUAAGCGUUCCUGAAUGGUCUCACAUCAAGGGACUGUUCUUAGCUGACCCGCACUUCAUGGAACCCGGCCGUGUAGACAUCUUAGUGGGCAUGGACUAUAUGGAUCGAUUCAUUUUAACUGAGCUGCGUAAAGGCCCACCUGGCACGCCAAUAAUACAGAAAACAGUCUUUGGCUGGACGUUGUGUGGAAACGUAGAUACAUCCGUUCCGCCCGCAAACCAUAUACAAUCAUUACACUGUGAUGUACAUUUAGAUAGAGCAUUGGCUAGAUUGUGGGAACUUGAAGAAGCGCCGCAAACACGAUAUCUUACCCACGAGGAGCGGUACUGCGAAGAACAUUUUGAAUCAACUCAUAUUAGGAAGCCGGACGGACGCUUUGUAGUGGAGUUGCCACUCAAGGUCGACGUGCCAUUAGGUGAAUCAAGGAGUCUCGCCGUACGAAACUUAUUACGCAUGGAGCGCAGAUUUGCCGGUGAUCAGGAUCUGUGGACACGCUAUAACGAAUUCAUGCAGGAAUUAAUUGAAAUGGGUCAUAUGGAGGUCGUGCCUGAAACGAAAUAUGCGAAAUAUUAUAUGCCACAUCAUGCUGUUGUAAAGGAGUCCAGCGUUACGACAAAAUUGCGAGUUGUGUUUAACGCGUCUGCUAAAACCACAACGGGGAAUUCCCUCAACGAUGCGCUUUAUGUUGGUCCUCAAUUACAAGAAGACUUGUACUCCAUACUUUUGCGCUUUAGAAUACACAAAUACGCAGUAACUGCAGACGUUGCAAAAAUGUAUCGACAAAUCUGUGUUUCAGCUAAACAUGUCGACUUACAUCGAAUUGUUUGGCGCUCUAACACAUCUCUACCUAUUACAGAUUACCGCAUGUUACGCGUAACUUAUGGAGUUGCGUCCGCCUCGCAUUUGGCUGUCAAAUCGAUGCAACAAACCGCGAAACAAUCUUCCAAUACUUUUCAGAAAGCAGUCGACGUAAUUCUUAAAGACUUUUACAUGGACGAUCUUCUCACUGGUGCGUCUAGCAAGUCGGAACUUAAAGCAUUGCAGCGAAAUGUGUCCGAUAUUCUACGGGAAGGUGGGUUCGAGUUAAGAAAAUGGGCGUCAAAUUGUACAGAGCUAAAUGAGACUAUCGCUAGAGAAUCCAAGAACAUAUCACACUACACCGUAGAUGGCAACAAUGUACAUGCUCUGGGACUAAUUUGGUAUAUGGAAGAGGACUAUUUUACAUUUUCCAUUUCUCUAGGAGAACCGCCCCACGUCUUAACUAAGAGAGCAUUUCUGGUCGAUGCCAGCAAACUUUUUGAUCCAUUGAGCUUACUUUCACCCGCAACGAUUAGGUCGAAAAUGUUGUUUCAGGACAUCUGGCGUUCCAACACUGGAUGGGACGACCCAGUACCAGAUACGAUAGGCAAGGUGUGGCUUGAUCAUCGCUCGCAAUUACAACUUUUAUCUGAACUUAAGGUCAACCGUUGGGUUGGAGUCGGGACGAUAGGCUCAUUUACUGAGUUGCACGUUUUUGCCGACGCUUCCGAGCGCGCUUAUGCCGCAGUCAUAUAUGCGCGCACUGUACAUAGGGAUGGUCACAUUACAAUCGGCUUAAUUUCAUCAAAGACUAAAGUUGCCCCGCUAAAAACAACAACGCUACCUCGCCUCGAGUUGUGUGCUGCACAUCUCACCGCAAAAUUGGUCAAGGCCGUCAUGCACAGUUGGAAGGAUUUUCGCUGUCCACUGGUAGCAUGGACAGAUUCCACCAUUACGUUGGCGUGGCUGCAAGCACAUCCUAAUAAAUGGGAGACAUUCGUCGCAAACCGUGUCGCCUAUAUUCACGAGGUCCUGCCUCCCGAGUGCUGGUACCAUAUACGCUCUGAAAGCAAUCCUGCGGACUGCGCGUCCAGAGGUAUAUCUCCGCUUCAACUUAUGCAUCAUGAGUUAUGGUGGUUCGGACCAGACUUCUUACGCGAAGAGGAACAGUUCUGGAAGCAACCCGCGCAAAUAAUGCAUAAAACCGAAAUAGGCUUACGAAAAGUUAAGGCUUGUAUCGCAGCUACUGACGUUCACUGGCCCCCGUAUAAUGCAAGUGAUCCUGCAACGCCGGUAUUGGGUCGUUGGUGCCCGCAACUUAAUUCGUAA